AUGGUUGAGAAGGGUAUAGUCUUGGGUCAUAUAGUUUCAAAUACUGGAAUACAAGUAGAUCCUGCAAAAGUUAAUGUGAUAUUAUCUUUACCUUACCCUGUAUGCGUACGGGAUGUGCGAUCAUUUCUUGGACAUGCAGGAUUUUACAGACGGUUCAUACAGAAUUUCAGCAAGAUCACGUUGUCGCUGACUCAAUUGCUGCAGAAAGAAGUGGAGUUUAAUUUUGACCAGAAUUGCAGAGAUGCAUUUGAUAGAAUUAAGAAGGCUCUUACUUCUGUCCCAAUUAUUAGACAGCCGGACUGGACACUUCCGUUUGAAGUGAUGUGUGAUGCGUCGAACUUUGCAGUGGGAGCAGUUUUAGCUCAGCGGGUUAGAGGAGUGCCUCACGUCAUUUAUUAUGCUUCCAGAACUUUAGAUUCAGCGCAUGUUUUCCCUACGCAUUAUUCUAGAACUCAACGUGAUAAAUUGAAAAGUGAUUCCAAAUACUAUGUAUGGGAUGACCCAUAUUUAUGGAAAUUUUGUAGUGAUCAAGUGAUUAGGAGGUGUGUUCCAGAUAAUGAAUUUGACUCUAAUUGUGAACGUUGUCAGCGAAUAGGUACCAUAGGUCAGCGACAUGAAAUGCCUCAGCAGCCUAUAUUAUUUUGUGAGAUCUUUGACGUAUGGGGCAUUGAUUUUAUGGGACCUUUUCCUAAUUCUUUUGGUUUUAUUUAUAUAUUGCUCGCUGUUGAUUACGUUUCUAAAUGGGUAGAGGCAAUUGCUACCAAAACUAAUGAUGCUGCUGUUGUUGUGAAUUUUGUUAGGAAUAACAUAUUUUGUAGGUUUGGGAUACCUAGGGCAAUCAUCAGUGAUCAGGGAUCGCAUUUCUGCAAUAGACAUAUGAAAGCCCUGCUGAGCAGCUAUGGCGUAAUUCAUAAGGUGUCGACCCCUUAUCAUCCUCAAACUAACGGGCAGGCCGAAAUUUCUAACAGGGAAAUCAAACUGAUUCUGGAAAAAACAGUAAGACCCGACAGAAAAGACUGGAGCAGAAGAUUAAGUGAUGCGUUAUGGGCCUAUCGGACAGCAUUCAAAACACCAAUCGGUAUGUCACCAUACAGAAUUGUCUAUGGCAAGUACUGCCACUUGCCUGUGGAAAUAGAGCACAAGGCAUACUGGGCGGUUAAAUCCUGCAAUAUGAAUCUGGAAGAGGCUGGAAUUGGGAGAAAACUGCAGUUGCAGGAACUCGAAGAACUUCGACUGGAAGCAUAUGAAAGUUCCCGUAUUUACAAGGAAAGAUCUAAGGCCUUCCAUGACCAGCAUAUAUUGAGGAAAAAUUUCAAAUCUGGGGAUAAAGUGUUGUUGUAUAAUUCAAAGCUUAAAUGGAUGCCAGGUAAAUUGAAAUCGCGAUGGGAAGGUCCAUUCAUUAUUGCUAAUGUGUUGCCCUAUGGUGUUCUAGAUUUGCAGGAUCCCACUACGGGGCGUGUAUUUAAAGUAAAUGGGCACAGAGUCAAGUUAUUUCAGGAGUUAGAUAAAGAUUCAAUGAUGGAAGCUGCGUCUUUGAUUGAUGCCGAAUGUGUUGCUGGGAAGGUGGUAUUAAACCUUGCAACAACAACUAAUAGAGCACCUUUUUCGACACCAGAAGCCCUAGCAGCCGCUUCCAUCUCCUCCACACCACCGUCUUCCUCGGAUUCAAGGAAGAACCACCUCAUCAAGGCAUACCGGCAAGCGUCCUUCACUCCACCAUCAUUCACCUCCUCCUACGGAUUCGAGGAGGAGUUCUGCGUCCGACGUCAUAUAUUCGAGUUUAACCAGAUCUGGCUGAGCUCGGAUUGCAACUGGGUUUCUAGAUUCAGGAUUCGGACACACCUCACUCUUAUCAUCCGCCUUCGGAGUUUCAAUUGA